AUAAAACCCUCACACUACUUGAAACAUUUUCAUUUCUACAUAUCUACACCCUUAUCCACAAACAACCACAGAGCGUUCUACACUUCCUUUCUCUCCCAAUUUUCAGAUAUGUCUAUCACUUCCUUCAAAUCCCUCACAAUGGCCGAAUCAUGUUUACUCUCCCAACCCUCCCUCUUCUACUCCAAAACCAAAUCCCCAUUCAUCUCCAACUCCGCCAAGUCCUUCAAAAUUCAAAACCCUACGUAUAACUCUUCUAGGGUUUCACACUCUCUUUCCCUCAGUACUGGAAAGAGAAGAACCCGUUACUCUUCGUUGCUGACGUUUGUGGCUCAGACUUCGGAUUGGGCUCAGCAGGAAGAGAAGGAAGAUGGAGAUACAUGGGAGAAUCAAGGUGAGCCUAAGUGGGGAAGUGAGACCGAAAGCAAUGAUGGUGAUGGUGAGGUUGGGGGUUUCGGGGAGGUAGCGUCGGAGGAAUUGAAGAUUUUUGUUGGGAAUUUGCCGUUUGAUGUUGAUAGUGAGAGAUUGGCUGGGCUUUUUGAACAGACUCCCGGGACUGUUGAGGUUGCUGAGGUGAUUUAUAACAGGGAAACUGACAGAAGUCGUGGAUUUGGAUUUGUGACGAUGAGUACUGCUGAUGAAGUUGAGAGGGCUGUGAACAAGUACAGUGGCUAUGAACUAGAUGGAAGAUUGUUGACAGUUAAUAAAGCCGCUCCAAGAGGAGGACCAAGACCAGAGCGCCCACCACGUGCCUAUGAUUCCGCUCUACGAAUCUAUGUUGGUAACUUGCCAUGGGAUGUUGACAAUGGUCGCUUGGAGCAACUUUUCAGCGAACAUGGUAAGGUUGAUAGUGCUCGUGUAGUCUAUGACAGAGACACCGGCCGAUCACGUGGGUUUGGCUUUGUUACAAUGACCGAUGAAGCUGAAAUGAAUGAUGCCAUUGCUGCUCUUGACGGUCAGAGCUUGAACGGGAGGGCGAUCAGAGUGAAUGUUGCUGAGGAAAGGCCUAGGCGUAACUUCUGAGUUUAAGAAAUUUUCACUUUUAAAGUGAGUGUUGUUGCCUGAUUUCUCUUUUUUAACGGCUAAGGAUACAAUUUCAAUUUUUUGUUUAAUUUUCAAAUGUUCUUUUUUUGUCAGCUGGUGUCAUCUUAGAUUUGAAUAUUUAAUGUAAAAGUAAUCGUCUUUUAGAAUAAAUAUUCUGAUAAAGUAUUUGCCUAUUUAUAAAGUAAGUUUAAAUUGUAUUA